CACAGGGCAUGCCCGAAGGAGCACGACUUCCGGUGCGAAGCGCAGUCGUCGCGCUGGUCCGGCCCAAUGGCGGCCCCGCUGCUUCACACGCGGUUUCCCGGGGAUGCGGCCGCCGCAGCCUCUGCAGUCAAGACGCUGGGCGCGUCGAGGACCGGGCUUUCAGAUAUGCUCACAUUAGAAAAUGAUUUCUUCAAUUCUCCCCCAAGAAAAACUGUUCGGUUUGGUGGGACUGUGACAGAAGUCUUGCUGAAGUACAAAAAGGGUGAAACCAAUGACUUCGAGUUGUUGAAGAACCAGCUGUCAGAUCCAGACAUAAAGGAUGACCAGAUCAUUAACUGGCUGUUAGAAUUCCGCUCUUCCAUCAUGUACUUGACUAAAGAAUUUGAGCAGCUGAUCAGUAUUUUAUUGAGACUGCCGUGGUUGAAUAGAAGUCAGACUGUGGUGGAGGAGUACUUGGCUUUCCUUGGUAAUCUUGUAUCAGCGCAGACUGUCUUCCUUAGACCCUGUCUCAGCAUGAUUGUUUCUCAUUUUGUACCUCCCCGAGUGGUCAUUAAGGACGGUGAUGUCGAUGUUUCAGAUUCUGAUGAUGAAGAUGACAAUCUUCCUGCCAAUUUUGACACAUGUCACAGAGCCUUGCAAAUAAUAGCAAGAUAUGUCCCCUCGACACCGUGGUUUCUUAUGCCAAUACUGGUGGAAAAAUUUCCAUUUGUUCGAAAAUCAGAAAGAACACUGGAAUGUUAUGUUCAUAACUUACUAAGGAUUAGUGUGUAUUUCCCAACCUUGAGGCAUGAAAUUCUGGAGCUUGUGAUUGAGAAGCUACUCAAGUUGGAUGUGAAUGCAUCCCGGCAGGAUAUCGAGGAUGCUGAAGAAGCAGCCGUUCAGACUGGCAGUGGGCCAGAUGCCACCGAAGGACUCUUCAAUAUGGAUGAGGACGAAGACACUGAACGUGACGCCAAGGCUGACCCUCAAGGGCUCGAUCACAUGGUGCAUCCUGUAGCCGAGCGCCUGGACAUCCUGCUGUCUCUGCUGCUGUCCUACCUCAAGGACGUCUGCUUCGUAGAUGGCAAGGUAGAUACCAACAGAACAAAGGAUCUGUAUCGAGAUCUCAUAACCAUCUUCGACAAACUCCUGUUGCCCACCCACGCCUCCUGCCAUGUACAGUUUUUCAUGUUUUACCUCUGCAGUUUUAAACUGGGAUUCGCAGAAGCAUUUUUGGAACAUCUCUGGAAAAAAUUGCAGGAUCCAAAUAAUCCUGCCAUCAUCAGGCAAGCUGCUGGAAAUUAUAUUGGAAGCUUUUUGGCAAGAGCUAAAUUUAUUCCUCUUAUUACCGUAAAAUCGUGCCUGGAUCUUUUGCUUAACUGGCUGCACAGAUACCUUAAUAACCAGGACUCAGGAGCAAAGGCAUUUUGUGAUGUUGCUCUCCACGGACCAUUUUAUUCGGCCUGCCAAGCUGUGUUCUACACUUUUGUUUUUAGACACAAGCAGCUUUUAAGUGGAAACCUGAAAGAAGGUUUGAGAUACCUUCAAAGUCUAAAUUUUGAACGUAUAGUGAUGAGUCAGCUAAAUCCCCUGAAGAUUUGUCUCCCUUCCGUAGUGAACUUUUUUGCUGCAAUCACGAGUAAGUACCAGCUGGUCUUCUGCUACACCAUCAUCGAAAGGAACAAUCGCCAGAUGUUGCCGGUCAUUCGAAACACGGCGGGCGGGGACUCGGUGCAGACCUGCACGAACCCGCUUGACACCUUCUUCCCCUUCGAUCCUUGUGUGCUUAAGAGGUCGAAGAAAUUCAUAGAUCCUCUUUAUCAGAUAUGGGAAGACAUGAGUGCAGAAGAGCUUCAGGAGUUGAAGAAACCCAUUAAACAGGAGGUGGUGGAAGAUGAGGAUGAUGAUUUUUUGAAAGGUGAAGUUGGGAUCACUCCAAGCUCCUUUGACGCGCAUUUCCGAAGUCCCUCGAGCAGUGUGGGCUCCCCUCCCGUGUUAUACCUGCCAGACCAGUCCCCUGUGAUCGCAAGGAUUGGUGAUUGAGACGGGCAUUCCUCCCUGUCAUGCCCGUCAGCACCAGGGCUCACCCUGUUUGGACUAGAGUGAGGACAUGCCUCAGGCAUCUUACUUGCAAAGUAGACCUACUCUACUGUCUGAACGGACGUGGUUUUUUUCUUUUUUACUCCCCUCCAGACAAGGAAAAGACUGGAUAUCAUGUGCAAUAUUUUAGAAUGGAGUUGAUGGUAAAUGUUGAGGACUUGGCUGUUCAAUGUGUAUUUUAUUUCUGUUAACAGCUUUCGGACAUCAUUGUGAAAUUUCUAAUACUGGCAAUAGCCCAUUUUAACCAAUUGCAUUUUUCAUACAGGUUUUGUCUGAGCCGUAGUCACAAGACUGUAUUGAUCUGAUUUCUUUUCAGUGAAAAAAUGCUCUAUGUAGACGCUAUUCAGUGUCUUUAAAAUGAUUUACUUUGGACACAUUGUUGCCCCUCAGCGGGAACUGGAUCUGUGUGUUGGGAUUUCAGUGGGGUGUGGGGGGGGACGGGAGGAAGGUGCAGAGGGGGCCAGAGCUGGUCCCUGAUACUGGAAGCUGGAGCUGUCAGAGAAGAUCCCCAGGGACUUUGGAGACCAAUGAAAUCCUAGAGAGAAGUGAUGGAGGAUUUAGGGAAACAGACGCAGACAAAUCAUACACUCGUGAGUUUAAAAAUGGAUUUAAAAGAAACACAGAGUUUGGGGGAAAUGGAAUUCCCAUGCAUGGAGAGUGGGGUUGGACUUUUAUAAAACGCAGCACCUGACAUUUCACCCUGGGGUUCCCAGGAGCUAUUAGAACGGAAACUACUCAUUUUUAGUGCAAUGUUACUUGGAUUUCUUUUUUCUUUUUCUUUUUUUUAAACUAGAAUCAGUUGGUCAUUUUGAGAAUUUCUCUGUGCUAAUGGGGCGGGGAAAGGGGGGUUUGGGUCAUCUGGUGGGAUGGUUUCGCUAGCAACAAUAGACCAAGGUCACAGCUCUGGCUUCUGUCUCCUGGCUCUUCGUAUUGUGGAUUUCAGCUCAGUGAGAUCUUCCUCUGGGGAGGCUCUUUUUGUACUUUUAUAACUAAACAGAGAGAGAGGAGUCGACACAACCUCACUUUAUGACACGUGUGCAAACACUGCUAGAUUAAUUUUGUAGCCAAUGCAUAUUUUAGCUUCAUUCCUUAUUUGUGAGCUUUUUUGUUACUUGUGAAAAUGGACAUCUCUAAACAUAUUUAUUUUUCUGCCACUUUUCCUAUUAUUUAAAGCAAGCGAUAUUUUCUUGAUCACAAAUAUUUUGUAAUGAAAUACUUUCUCUUUCCUAGGGCUUUGUAUGCUCUUGUAUAAUUAUAUUGAUGGCAAUGUAGAGUAAAUAUGUUUUUGGAAAACAAAUUUUUAUGGGUUUAAAAAGUUUUGGAUAUUGCUGAUUUUCUUUUGGUGACUUGGUGGAAAGUGAUUCGAGAACCUUUGGGUUCUCUGUUCCUUUAACUGUUGGCAAAAUGGUGGGGGUUUUGUACCCUGGGUAGAUGAGUACAUGAAAGUGUGUCCCUAUAAGGUAACAGUAAGUGGGCCUUUGUGGGUUGAAAAGUGUUAAUGUAGUUAAGGCUAUCUUUGUAAACAAAUCUGUUUAAUUUCAAAGGAGUUGGAGGGAAAAGAUAUUGUGGAAAUAAAACAAUGGCAUGGUUAAUCUGGACCUUUGGUUCUUACACCAGUCAAGGAGUCCAGGGAGGUACCCCAAUAAAGAGGCUUCUAACACUGA